GCACUGGAAAAAAGCGAGUCUAGGAGACACAGUACGGGAGGGUAGAAGAAGACCGUUUGUUUUGUGGCGUUUGUCCCUGUGACCAGAAACCAGAUUACCGUUAUUUUGAGAAAGUUAUUAGUAACAGUGAUUUACUUUGUAAUUUAUUAGAAGAAUAAAUAAGGAAAAAGAAAUGGAAGUAACCAUAAACAGAAGAAGAAGUAGGGAAAAAGAAAUGGAAGUAACCAUAAACAAAGACUAUGAAAUAAAUUGUGAUUCUUCUUUACAUAUAGUUCAAGGACACUGCAAUUCAUCAGUUGAUAUAAUUCAUGGAGAUUUUAGCUCGGCUGUUGAUCAAGUACUUAAUGCAGCUCAGAUUUCAUCAGAAAAGCAAGUAUGUUUAACAUGUGGUAGCGAGGGGGCUACUAUUAGUACUUUUACAAGACUUGGCAAGUCUAGAGUUAAUCCUGAACCUCUGAUAAAUUUAUUAUGUUGCAUCCUGAAAAAACCUAUUGUUGAAGUGCAGCAACCUAGUAAUGUAGUUUGCGAGAAGUGUUUCAAACAUUUUGAAUAUAUUGAAAGGCUUCAGUAUCAGCUCUCUGAAGCAUGCAGAGAUGUCAUUAAAAGCUUCAGCAAGGCUGUUAAGAUUUUCAUGAAGUGUGACUUUUUACAAUAUGAAGACAAGCAGGGUCUGUUAGUGUUCAAUGAUACUGGUUUGGAAGGUAAUGAAAGUAGUAUUAUUGCUAAAGCUGUGUCACUGGCAUCCUCAAAGAGAAAGAAUAGAGACACCGACAUCAAAAUUGAGAGAAAGCACCAGUGCACUUUGUGUGGUAAAGCUUUUCGUGCCUAUAGUCAUAAAGUUGAACACAUGGUCACUCAUACUCAGGAAAAGUCAUUCAAGUGUGAUGUAUGUGAUUUCCACACAGCUACAAAAUCUAACCUUAAUAAGCAUAAGCAACAACACACAGAUGAUUAUGUUUGUAGUAUCUGUGAUAAAAAACUAUGCAGUAAGUUUUCACUAAAGGAACAUAUGGCAAUACACAACAAUACGAGGGAUUUCCAGUGUGAAUAUUGUGAGAAAAGGUUUUUGCGUCAAAGGGACAAGAAAAUUCAUGAGAAAAAUCAUUUGGUGGAAUUUGAGUCUUAUGAAUGUGAGAUCUGUGGGAAGCGGUUUGUUCUCAAGUCAAGACUUGCAAGACAUAUGUUAGUGCAUUGUAAAGAAAAACAACACAUCUGUUCUGUUUGUGAUAAGAGAUUUGCAAGAAAGGAUGAUCUGAAAUGUCAUGAAAGAAUACACUCGGGGGAUAAGCCUUAUUCUUGUAGCGAGUGUGGAAAACAAUUUCGUUUCCUAUCUAACUGUAGAAAUCACAUGAAAUGUCAUACCAAGGAAACUAAAGCUUACCAUUGCACUUCCUGUAAUGUAUCCUUUGUUAUAGAAGCCAAAUAUAAAAAUCAUCUCAAAACCCGCAACCACAGAAGGAAGUCUUCAGAGGUUCCUCCAGUUGAACAAAUUUAUUGUGAUAUCUGUAAAGUUCUAUUCACACUUGAUGAUUAUACAUUACAUAGACCUGGAUGUGAGAAAAGAAAAGUGAGGGAGGUAGAAAUCAGUUUUGAAAAUUUUGAGCAGUUAUCAGAGCACACUUUCUCUUGCUGAUUAAAGGUCCCUUAGCAAACCUCACACUUACGAAUCACUUAUAAUGCAGAUGUCAAUCACCCCACUUGGUAAACAAGCUUCCAACAAAAAUGUAAAGUAUGCUAGUUUUUCAUUUUCUAAUGCUAACUUAUAAAAAAUACAAGCUAUUUGUGUAAUACA